AAUGGCAACAAAACGUAAAAAUGUUGUAGUGACAAUGGAAAAGAAACUAGAAGCAUUAGGUAGAAUUGAUAAAGGCGAAUCUUUAAAAACAAUUGCAGCAUCAUAUCGUGUCGGUACAUCUACAGUAUCGGAUUGGAAGAAAAAUAGAACUAAAAUCGAAGAAUUUUGUUUCAAAAUGAUAACAAAAGAGAGUUUGGACAAUCGGUGCAAAGCUAAUAAAGCUAAAAAUGAGACUCUCGACGACGCUUUGUGUGUGUGGUUUUAUGCGGAACGCGAACGUGGUUUACCAGUUUCUGGACCAAUUACUCAAGAAUCAGCACUCAAGCUGAAUCAAAUGUUGCCUGAUUGUGAACCAAAUUUCACUGCGAGUCAAGGUUGGCUGGAUAGAUGGAGAAAACGUCAUGGACUACGCCAACUAUCUAUAAAAUGUACGAAUUUGGGUUAUCACCAGAAAGUUGGUUCCAACGACGCAGAAGUCUUUAGAUUCUCGGUUCUAGGACUUCUCAUUGUGUUAACAGAUGUCGCUACAGCGCCUAAAAGCGAAUUAUUUGUAUAA